UGUCCUUAAACAGAAACCUGGUGGCAUUAUCACUCUUCUGGAUGAAGCUUGCCGACUGUUGGCUCGACAUGCAAAAAAGAUUGGCUGGAGGGUGAAGGAGUUAACCCUCUUACCCGGUUGUCCUUUGGAUGCUCUUUCUUGCGAUAGCCGAUCCUCUAAACGAAAAAUGUGUGUGUGCCUCCAGGAUGCUCCUUCAUGUGGUAGCCGACCCCUUUGGGCAAAAAGGUGUGAACCUCCAGGAUGCUCCUUCUUGCGGUAG